GCCUCACGACACGGAAGUGACAAGUAGACUUUUGGAAGAGAACUGAAGGUUUUUGUCGUCCUUCCAUCGUUUUGUUCAAACCAAAGCAAAGACAACACGUCAGGCAUGUUCCAGGGAGUACAUGCAAACCCUAACCCAGCUGCCAACAGGCCAGAGCUUAUGGAGGAAGUGAAGCUCCAUCGUACGUCCCGUGAGAGAGAGCGUUACGAUAACCAGGCUGAGCUGUUCGCUGUCAUCAACACACUACAGAAUCUGGAGAAGGCUUAUAUCAAGGAUGCCAUCAGACCUGAGGAGUACACAGCUGCCUGCUCCAAGCUCCUGGCCCAGUACAAGGUCGCCUUCAAGCAGGUCAAAGGUGACGAGUUCCAGACUGUCGAAGCUUUCAUGAAGAAGUACAGGAUGAACUGCCCGGCUGCUCUAGAGAGGAUAAAGGAGGAUCGACCAAUCACAAUCAAGGACGACAAGGGCAACACGUCCAAGAGUAUUGCAGACAUCGUCUCGCUGUUCAUCACAGUCAUGGACAAGCUGAGGCUUGAAAUCAGGGCCAUGGACGAGAUCCAGCCAGACCUGCGUGAGCUGUUGGAGACCAUGAACAGACUCAGCACCCUGCCUCCUGACUUCGAGGGAAAAACUACAGUCAGCAGAUGGCUUCAGACGUUCAGUAACAUGCAGGCUCACGAUGAGCUGGACGACAACCAGGUCCGACAGAUGCUCUUCGACCUGGAGUCUGCCUACAACGCCUUCAACAGACAACUUCGCUGAGUCAGCAGCCAUAUUGAUUAUAUGUUAUUGUUGCUAUUAUGGUAAUAUUAUAAUGUGUAGAUUGGAUAGAGGGAUUUUCUUUUACACGACCAGUAUUGUCUCUUAUUAAACUUGCUGACGUUUUGGAGCUUCUGACUGGAGUUCUGCUUUGGAUUGUGUUCUUGCCGCAAAAGAGGCACCUACAUUGGCUACAUAUAGCAGUGAGAAACAGAACUCCAAUCAGAAGCUCUGAAGAUGGCAAGAGACAAUACUGGUCAUGUAGAAGAAAAUCCCUAUAUCCUAUGUCCUAUGCUUGACUAUUUUUGGAAAUGUGUAGAUUGGAAGAUAUUCCUUUGUUGUUUGCUGAUGGCACUCACUCAGUCUACUAAACAAGGUAAUGGUGCAUAACAAUGCUAGGUAAAAAAUUUUGCAAGCCGAUAUAUUUGUGACCAUCUGUCACCUUCCUCAGGGCAAUACAUACUGACUGGCUCUAAUUCACUUUACUUUGUCAGUAUUGCCCAGAGGAAUGUGACAGUUACCGAAACGUCAGCUUGAAAACCGUCUUUGGUUGUGAAUGAAGAACUUUGUUAUACAACAGUCAUUUACCCACCUGAUGAAAUCAUUUACAACGGUAGCGGUACCUUACUAAUCCAUGGCAUCUACCUUUUGCAUUGAUUUGAAUGAUAAUUAAGCAUAAUUAUAAUUGAAUAAUGUAGUAGAUUGUUGAUUUGAGAAACUUGAAUUUUGAAUAUGAAAUCAACAAGGUUUGGGGGAGGGAAUUGACGUAAACUAGCUUAUGAAUUGAUAGUAACAAAUAACAUUAACG